UAGGUAUAAAACGCGCUUCUCGUACUAGGAGGGCCGCAGGGGAUUUUUAAUUAACCCGGAAAGUUAAAGGGAGAGGCAAUAUGAGAAAGCUCAGCAGGGGAGGAUGUCUGUCUUCUUUUAUCCUGAUCUCGUACAUCGCAAUGACGACCUCAGUGACGCUCGAUCUGACCGAGCUGAAAAACAAAAUCUCCCAGCUCAAGGUGAAUCCCAGAGGAAAUCUUUGGGCGACAGGGCAUUUCAUGGGCAAGAAAAGUGUGGAUAGCUCCUUUUUGGAGACUGUCUUUGAAAAUAUAGACGCUCCAUCUGAAGAUAGAGGUGUGAGUCCUGUGGCCAGAGUGGAAGACGUCCGGGCGCUGAUCACCAAGAUGCUGAAAGGCGCACAGCAAACAAGAAAACAGACCCUGGACAUAGAGGGGGGAGAUCCAGCUUGAAGAAAGCCAACCUCUAAGCGGCAGCAUUACAAGCACCGGCAGACGAAGAUCAGAGAUGUAUUAUUUUUGUCAAGAAAACCAAAAUGGGCAGUGAUAUAACCCGUAUUUUCCCGACCCUUGUGUUAUUUAUUGUGUUUCAAUCGUCUUUGUUAUUCAAAAUAUCCCUUUGUUUUUAACAUACUGCAGAUUUCUGUCGUUUCAAUAAAAAAAAGAGC